AUGGGUAGAUUUAGUCAUUAACUUUCUGUCUUUGCUGUCUAAAUAUCCCUUACCGACAGUUAAGCAAAUUUUUAACAAACCGUUGGUUAAAAUUAAAUAAAUUCAAAAACUAAAUAAAUUUAUCUUGCACACUUUACAAAUUUUUAAGAAUGUCAAGAACUGUAGUUUACAAUUUUGAGAGAAGGAAAAACGUUGUCAUCGCUGUCCAUUGUGGAAAUAAACUUGGAAACAAGAAAUCCUAUGCGCCCCCACCGGCCGUGUUACGUGGCGCGCUGGAGUGCAUAAUCUGCUUGGACGCUCCCGCGUCACCGAUUCAUCGGUGUGAAAAUGGGCACAUUACGUGCGGCAUUUGCGCGGAAAAUGUAGCACUGUGUGGGAUUUGUAGAACACGGUUGCAAGUAUCCGUUCUGGCUGAGCGUCUGUCACGACAGCUUGACUUGACAUGCAAUUGUCCUAAUUUUUACACGGGGUGCGUCAGCCCUAUUGCCGCGGCUUACGUCAAGGAUCACUUGGCGAAUUGUUACUACAGGGACAUGAUGACAUGCGCGUUGAGCCGGCAGGAACCACUUCAUCGAUGUGGGGAUAAGAUUCCAAUCGGUUUCCGAGAUUAUUCAGAACAUUUGCAAACCGCUCAUGGAGUCGAGUUCGUCGAAAUUUUCGAUGGGGAGUGGACAAGUAGAGAUUAUUUUUGUCCAAUGGAUGGAGAUGAAUUUGAAGCCGCCGAGGCUCCAAGUAUUGACAAGGUAAUAAAGAAGAACAAUCAGACUUUCUUCUUUCAUUCGCACAAUGACGGUGAGCAGUACAGAUUUUGGGUCACGAUGCUUGGAAAUGACAAGGAGGCGGAGAAAUUUACAUUUCAGCUGAAAAUUAGUGGUGAAAUUGAUGCAAGCCGAAAAGUUGAACAGUACUCAAUUCCAGUUUUGGCGUAUUACGAUUACUCCAAAUCAACUGAGGGAGAACUUGCGACCAAGUGCGUGCUAAUCCCGCCUUCUCAUUUCGCCCUGUUUGGCGCUAAGCGGGAUUCCUAUCCGAAUAAUUAUUUCUUUUUACGAUUUGAUUUUACGCUGCAAUCUCAGCAAACUCGUCUUCCCGUGUAAAUUAAUAUGUAUCUGUGUGUUUUAAACAACAGGGACGCGCGUAUUAAAUAAAUUUUACUAAAUUUAGCGAAAAA